AUGUUCCCUUUAGAUAACCGCUUGGACUUGCUGGAGUUCGAGGUUCAGCGCCUCCGAGCCCAUCAGAGGGCUUUGAGCCAAACGCCGCGGAUCAGCUCAACGCAGCAGACCCCACGUGGCAAUGUGUUGCCGCCCAUGCCUCCCAAGCCGACGUCCGGGGCGAUGCCGCCCCCAGCCGUCGAGACUGCGGCCGAAGCAGCGGAGGAAACCAUGACGGAAGAAGACUUUGAGGAACUGCAGAGCCUUCACAAGGAGUUGGUGCACUCACAUCGGCAGCUCAAACAGGAGCAUGCUGAGCUUCUUAAAGCCCACGAGGACCUGUUGAAUGCCAUGCGAAAGCAGGAAAACAAGAGUGCGAUCGUCAAACACCCGUCGCUGGGCGUGGUGCGCUUGGACUAUGACUAUCCGCCAGCGCCUGGGGACUCGGAUUGCCCCGGAAGCUUUGGCUACGACGUCUUCUACCGCUGCGUGCCCGGGCUGACCUUUGAGAUGUGCCAGUCGGGCGCCUUCACGGAGAUGGUGGAAAGGCGCUUUGCAGAUGCCAUCAAACACUUGGAGGCCCGUGGUGUGUCGGCCAUCACUGGAGACUGUGGCUUUAUGAUGGCCUUCCAGGUUCUUGCCAGGAAAAUUGCCAAGAAGCCGAUCUUCAUGUCCUCCAUGGUGCAAUGCCCCAUCAUCGCAGCCUCCUUGGACCCUGAUGAUGAUGUUCUCAUCCUCACGGCGAACGACAAGUCCCUCAAGCCACAGAAGGAGAUCCUCCUGACGAGUUGUGGCUUCGACGUGACCCAGGACCGCUUCCACAUCCACGGCUGCCAAGAUGUCCCAGGUUUCGAGGCGGUCGCUUUGGGCCAGAAGGUGCCUUUGGAGACCGUGCAACCAGGCAUCGUCAAGCUGGUACAGGAGAUCUUGGAGCAAAAACCACAGAUCCGCGCGAUCCUUCUAGAGUGUACAGAGCUUCCACCCUAUGCUGAUGCACUGCGCUACUUUACCGGACUGCCAGUAUGGGAUGCCAUCACGGCGGCGGACUUCUACGUGACCGCCUUCCAGGACUUCCCACGCUUUGGGCUUCAGGAUUGGCAACGAGAAUGGGAUGGCUCGCAAGAAGACUACGAACUGGGCAUGAAUCUCACGAAGGAUGAAAUGGAGCUGGUGGUGAACAAGGCCAAGGAGACCAGAGAGAAGAAAUCUGAGGCGCAAGAAGGCAAAGAGCAGCAGAAGGCUUCCAGGCGGAUCCGACGACAGCAGGCGCCAAUUCUGGGCGUGAUCCGCUUGGACUACAACUACCCCCCGGCCAAGGGCGACAUCGACUGCCCUGGCAGCUAUGAGUAUGACGUUCUCUUCCGUGUGGUUCCUGGCUUUACCUUCGCCAUGGCCAUGACGGGGCAAAUGUCACCGGAUGUGGAGCAGGAGUUCAUCGAUGCUGUGAAGUGGUUGGAGGGUCGUGGGGUCGCAGGCAUUACUGGUGAUUGUGGGUUUAUGAUGGCCUUCCAGCCGCUUGCCAGUCAAAUCGCAUCGGUGCCGGUCUUCAUGAGUUCGAUGAUGCAAUGCCCGAUGAUCUCUGUGGCCUUCGACAAGUACGACAAGGUGUUGAUCCUCACAGCCAACGACGAGUCGCUUAAACCUCAAAAGGAGACCCUGUUGCGACAGUGCGGUUUCAACGUCGAUGACCAGCGGCUCGGAUGGGUCGGUGGAAACAAUUAA